GCUGUAGCAAGAUGUGGGACAACCUCACCUGCUGGCCAGCCACCCCUCGAGGCCAGGUGGUAGUCCUGGACUGCCCUCCCAUUUUCAUACUCUUUUCUUCCACUCGAGGCCUCAACGUGAGCCGCAACUGCACCGAAGAGGGCUGGACACACCUAGAGCCUGGCCCCUACCAUGCUGCCUGUGGCUUCGAUGAAAACGCAUCAAGUUUGUAUGAGGUGGGCUGUAAGGCAGCUGUGGUCUUAUUCCAGUACUGUGUCAUGGCCAACUUCUUCUGGCUGCUGGUGGAGGGAUUCUACCUGCACACCCUGCUCGCCAUCUCCUUCUUCUCCGAGCGGAAGUACUUCUGGGGGGGUACCCAGCAUCUUCAUCAUGGUGUGGACCAUCGUCAAGAUCCAUGUGGAGAAUUAUGGGUGCUGGGACACCAUCACCUCCCCAUUGUGGUGGAUCAUAAAGGGCCCCAUCCUUGCCUCCAUCUUGGUGAACUUCAUCCUGUUCAUUUGCAUCAUCCGAAUCCUGCUUCAGAAACUGCGGCCCCCAGAUGUCGGAAAGAGUGAUAGCAGCCCAUAUUCGAGGCUAGCCAAGUCCACACUCCUGCUGAUCCCCCUGUUUGGGGCCCACUACAUCAUCUUUGCCUUCUUCCCUGACAACUUUAAGGCUGAAGUGAAAAUUGUCUUUGAACUCGUCUUGGGGUCUUUCCAGGGUUUUGUGGUGGCCAUCCUCUACUGCUUCCUCAAUGGAGAGGUGCAGGCUGAGCUGCGACGGAAGUGGCGGCGCUGGCACCUGGACGGCCUUCUUGGCUGGGGCUCCGAAUACCAGCAUCCCGGAAGCGACAAUGGUGUCACAAGCAGCACGCAGGUCUCCAUGCUGACUCGUGUCAGUCCCAAUGCGCGCCGCUCUUCCAGCUUCCAGGCCGAUGUCUCCCUGGUCUGA